UCCCCUCCCCCCUCAAAUUUUCUUGAAAUACCAAACUGUUGUUCCAACCAGAUAUGGGGGAAACUCCAAAAAAAUUUUUUUGAACCAAACGCGACGAAAAUAAAAAAAAACAUUUUGGUUAACGAAACGAAGCAUUCGAAAUUUAACAGAACUAAGCGUCUCGCCCGUGUUUAUGUUAGUAUUUUAAGCUUCUGGUAUUAUAAGAUGACCGAAUCAUUUUAUAAUGGGUAUUCUAGGAUUUGACUGUUUUUUUAAAUUUAAUCUUUUUCUAGAAAAUGAAUUCUUCCAAAAUUUUAAAUUUAAAAAAUGAGGAAGAAGAAGAAGAAGAAAAUGAUCAAGACGAGGAAGAAGAUCUAGAGGAGGAAGAAGAUGAGGAUGAGGAGGAAGAAUGGUCAUUGAACGAUGAAAAAGAUUUUUUGAGAACUUUGGGUGCAUUAAAAUCUCGUGAUCCUGAAAUUUAUCAAACUGAAGUUAAAUUUUUUAAAGAGAAGGAAAAAGAUGAACAGGAGAAGAUAAAGAGUAAUGAAUCAUCCAAAAAUAAUUUAUCAAAAAAUUUACAACAAUCAAAAAUGACUUUAAAAGAAUAUGAACAAAAAUUAAUAAUUGAAAGAGGAGGUAAAUUAAGUGAAGAUGAGGAGGAAGAGGAAGAAGAAAAUGGAGAAAUUUAUAAGGAUGAAUUAACUAAUGGACUGAAUAAAAAUGAUUGGGAAUUGAAAAAUGAAUUUAAGAAGGCUUUAAUUUCUGAUAAUGAAAGUGACGAUGAUGGGGAUUUGUUAAAAAAGAGGAUAAAAACUGAGGAAGAAAAGGUUAAUUUAAUUUUUGUUUUUGACUGAUGUGAGCUUACCUUUUUGAGGACAAAAAAUUUUUGAUAUCUUUUUUGAUAGAUUUCUGGGUACAAAUGGAAGAGC